AGUAACUCUAUGAAAGUAUACUACUGCAAGAAAAUAAUACAGAUGUGGAGCCUUAGUUGAUCAAAACACUCGCUUGAAAAAAGGGGUAUUCUUUGCCUUUGAUUGCAAAUACCUCUUAGAUCGAAGAAUGGUUGAUGCAAUUGUAUCCACUGCAAUUGAAAAACUUGGUGAUUUUCUGACCCAAGAAAUCAACAUCAGGGUAGGAGUAAAAGAUGGUGUGCAGUGGCUAAAAGAUGAAUUAGUUUACCUCCAAUCUUCUGCAAGAUAUGCAGAAUCAAGGCAACACGAGGAACUGAUCCGCAUCUGGAUAAAUAACGUCAAAGAAGUUGCGCAGGAUGCUGUGAUAAUCUUGGAGAGGUUUAGCGACCACCAAAAGAAGCAUUCAGCUCCUAGGCAAGGUGUUCUGGAUUGUCUGCGGAGGUCUACUUGCAUCUGCACGAAAGAAGCUCAGCUUUAUGAUAUCGGCAAGGAGAUCGAGUCAGUGAAGCAAAGAGUCAGUGAGAUCAAGAACAGGCGAGCAGAGUAUGGUAUAGGGAAUAUCUUAGACACUGCGAAUGUGCGACAAAGAAAGAGAGCUUUGCUGAGAGCAACUGCUGUUGAAAACAAGGUUGAUGUGGUUGGUUUUGAGGAUGAUGUUCGGAGUUUGUUGGCUGAACUUACUAGAAAGGAUCCCGCGCUGAAGUAUGUUUCCAUUCAUGGGAUGGGGGGUUUGGGCAAGACAACACUUGCCAGUAAAUUGUAUCACAGUAGUGAGUUGAGCCAUUUUAAGAGUCGUGCUUGGGUUUGUGUUUCGGAGGAUUAUAAAACUGAAGAUGUUUUGAGGAAGAUAAUAAAGUCUUUCAUGAAGCACACACUAGAUGGAUUGGUUUAUUUGGAUAAAAUGGAUGAGGCAGACUUGUUGCAGCACCUACUAAAUUUGCUGCAAGAGGGAGAUGGGUUUUUGGCCGUGAUUGAUGAUAUAUGGGAUAUCAAAGUCUGGAAAAAGAUUAAAAGUGCUUUUCUAGACAAAAGCGAUGGUAGUGUUGUUAUUAUAACCACGCGAUAUAAGAAAGUUGCUGAGAGAGUAGAUGACAGAUGUGUUGUCCACAAACUCCGUUUUCUGAAUGAAGAUGAGAGCUGGCAGUUGUUCUGUAAGACAGCAAAACAAACACCAAAUCUGGACAAAUUAGGAAGGGAAAUGGUGGGUAGAUGUCGAGGUUUACCACUGGCAAUUGCGGCACUUGGUGGGCUGUUAUUCCACAAGAAGAGCUACCAGGAUUGGUCAAAGGUGAAGAACGAUCUUUGGAGACAGUUGAAGGGCGAGUCAGCGGAGAUUGAUGAGAUACUAAGCUUGAGCUACAAUGAGUUGUCUCCACAGAUGAGAGAUUGUUUUUUGUACCUUGCAAGGUUCCCAGAAGACUAUACUUUUGGUGUUGAAAAGUUAAAACUGUUAUGGAUUGCAGAGGAAUUCAUAACUGACAAAGGAGAUGGGCUAGUGACGGAGGAUGUGGCUGAGGAAUAUGUGAAUGAGUUAAUUAAUCGCAAUAUGAUUCUCAUAGCAACAUUUAAAUUUGAUGGACAAGUUGCCAAGUGCCGGGUACAUGAUGUUGUGCGUGAUCUUGCUAUCCAAAAGGCCUCCGCGGACAAGUUUUUGGGAGUUUUUGACUCUAGUAAAAAGCAUCCAAAUUCCAUUCGUGGACACCGAAGGCAGGCCAUUUACAAUGGAACCGGUGAUUAUUUAGAACUACCCGGGUCUUGUUCUGAUGAUCUAAAGGUCUGUUCACUAUCAGUAAUGAAAGAAAGUGAUGAACUUACAAUUAAAGAAAUGAAGUUAAUUUUUUCCAGAUUUGAGAAUCUCAUUGUGCUCGACUUGGCGGGUGUGGAACAUUCAGAAAGGAUUCCAAAAAAUAUAGGGGAUUUAGUUCGCCUGAAGUUCUUGGGCUUGAUGGGCAGUGGGUUAUAUCACGAAGAACCUGUAGCAAUUCCAGCAAGUAUAAGCAAGCUGAAAAAGCUACAAACUUUGUGGGGUGCAGACUUUUCUAGGUACAAAUUUCCUAGAGAAACUUGUGAGCUAGAAGAUUUGAGACAUAUAAGAUUCUUUAAGGGGGGUUUCAAGAUUCAAAGCAACCAAACAAAGCUCCAGACUAUAUGUACUAUACACUAUUCAGAUUGGAUCCAGGUUGAUACUGUCAAUUUGUUGGACCUCCGUGCUCUGUCUAUAACAUCAGUAAAAGGGGAACAAGUACCGGGAGGAACUGCUUACAGUUUGGAGUCCAUAGCCAAGUUAACAAGUCUAGAAACUUUCAGUCUCGACUUUUCUCACUAUCCAAUGAUUCCAUCAAUUAGACCGCUUUCAUAUUGCGAAAAUCUCCAGAGUGUCUGCUUGUCAGGUCGGAUAAAAGAUCCAUCAGAGUUGAGAUUUUUACCGGAGUCUGUCACAAAUUUAUCACUAUCAAAGACCAAGUUCACUCAAGAUCCGAUGCCCACUUUGGCAAAAUUGUCAAAUCUUACCGCCCUUGACUUAGGCGAGGGGACGUACACAGGGGAGAAAAUGGUCUGCAGUGAUAAUAUGUUUCCAUGUCUUCAAUUUUUGAAACUAAUAGGGCAUCCUGAUCUGAUAGAUUGGCAUGUUGAAGACGGAGCUAUGCCUUGUCUCAAAGGUCUUUAUAUAGAUGAUUGUGAUAAUUUGAUGAUUCCCGAACGACUAAUUCGUGUUCCUCCUACACCGGAUUUCACUGAGCUCAUUUCUAGAAAGGAAAAACUAAAAAUGGAGGCAAAGAUUGAGGCACAUGCUCAGGUUAUUCGGGCUGCUCGUUUGUUCCAGGAUGCUGGAAGAGGAGACACUCUUGCAUAUAAACGAGCUAAGUGAUGAUUAUAAGUUUUGUGUUCUAAAAGAUGAUAUCAGAUGAAUUUUAAUCUUUCAUUUCCGUUGUAUGUAUUUUGCUUGAGAUAAUAAGAAUCCAUUUUUCUCUUUCCAAA